AUGUCUAAGCCCAAAAUGAUAGGUCCUUAUGAGGUGGUAAAAAGUAUAGGAAGGGGUUCGUUUGGAAUUGUAACUGCUGUUAAAGAUGAGAAUGAUAAAAUUUUUGUAAUUAAGGAGUUGGACAUAUCAUGUAUGAACAGCAAGGAAAAAAUGAAUGUAGUCAAUGAGAUAAGAGCCCUCAUUAAAAUGUCAGUUCAUCCUUUCAUAGUUCGAUAUAAAGAAGCUUUCGUUGAGGAUUGUGUUUUAUAUGUAGCAAUGGAUUAUUGCAUAAAGGGGGAUUUAGGAAAGGUGAUAAAAAAACAUAAAGAAUUAGAAACUCCAAUCCCUGAGAAGAAAAUAAAAAGAUGGUUAUUACAAAUAAUUAUGGCUAUAAAAUUUAUACAUGAUAAGAAAUUAAUACACAGAGAUUUAAAAUGUAAUAAUAUAUUUUUAGACGAAAAAGAAAGAGCCAAGAUAGGAGAUUUCGGAUUGGCAAAAUUUAUAGAACAUACAGAACAAACAAAUACAUUAUGUGGUACUAUAGGAUAUAUGGCACCAGAAAUUUGUAAGAAUAUAAAUUAUAGUUUCCCUGCAGACAUUUGGUCUCUUGGAAUUAUUUUAUAUGAACUUAUAAGUUUAAAACCACCAUUUAAAUCUAAUAACUCAAACAUGUUGUCAGUUGCACAAAAAAUAUGUGAAGAUGAGCCAGAUCCAUUACCAGAUAACGUUUCGAACGAUUUAAUAGAUUUAUGUUAUUGGAUGUUAAAAAAAGAUUGGAAAGAAAGACCUACCAUAUACGAUAUUAUAUCUACGGAUUAUAUACAGGAUGAAUUACAAUUGUUCAAGAGAGAAAUGUUGGAAGAAAGGAAUAGCCAAUUUUAA